AAAAAUUCUAUCAGAAAAUAUGGAUAAAAAGCAUAAGUCACUUGAUUCCAUAUUUUACUCAUUAAUGAAUAUAUUAUUACUAAUAAUUGUUAAUUAAUUCUUUCCUCCGGAAAGUUCAGUCGCAUACGCGUAGCAACCGUGGCACACCUCCCUGCCUUUUUUCCUCAACUUCUUCCAUCUCUUUUCCCACAUAAUUUGUCGAGUCAGCGCCAACUUUGUAGUUUAUUCCCGUCGAUUUGUAGUAGGGUUUUACGAGGGUUUUGCUGUACAUGUCCAGAAUCUCUCUGAUUUGAUCAGAAUCAUUUGUGGGCACCGUGAAAAAAAUCUGAUCUCUUUUCUUUUCUGUUUUGACUGUUUUGGCAACUGGGUUUUUGUUUGUUCUACCAUAUGGCGAAUCAAAUUGUUCCGGGCAUGCAAUUCACGGGUCAACAGCAACAACAACCCUUUAUGGAUACUACCAAUACUAAGAUUUUUGUUGGAGGGUUGGCUUGGGAGACUAAAAGUGACAUGCUUCGCAGGUUCUUUGAGCCCUUUGGGGAGAUUCUCGAGGCUGUUGUCAUCACUGAUAAGCAUACCGGACGUUCCAAAGGCUACGGCUUUGUGACAUUUCGUGACCCUGAUGCUGCAAAGAGAGCUUGUGCCAAUCCAAAUCCUGUAAUUGAUGGUAGGAGAGCAAAUUGUAACUUGGCUUCACUUGGUCGGCCUGUACGGCUUUUGCCUCAUGGUAAUAUGAGGUCUGUAUCUCCUUAUGUUAGAGGUCCUCAGACUCCUCGGGGAAUGUAUGUUGGAAACCCCAUGUAUCAGCUCCCUGCUAAUUUCGGUUACCAACCAGGAUUGCAAUUUUCUCCAUAUAGGUACCCUGCUUAUGGUCCUGAAUAUUUCUAUCCCCAGAUGUAUGGUGUACCGAGCCCUGUAAGCCCAAACUCAAUGUUAUAUAGUCAGAUGGGAAAUCAGCCACCUGCCAACCUUGGGUACACACCUGUUCGAGGCUAUAUGUUGCCAAACCCCCAUGCUUUGCAAUAUGGAAGACCAAUUGUUGGUGGAAUGGCCCCAGAGAUUAUGUCCCCCAACCACCCUGGAAUUCGGAUAGCGUCUCCUGUUCCAGCUCAGAUUAUUGUCCCUACAAGUCCGCCUCAAUUUACUCAGAGCAGUGGAUCUGAUCAAAUGGCUGGCUGAAUUUUUGGUGUAAAUAUCUAUCAUGAGCUAAUUCCAUGGAAAAUGAAGGAUCAGAAUAUGAUGGUCUCCUGGUGGCAGGCAUUGCAGUGGGUCUUGCAAGCUAACUUUUAAAUGUUCAAGAGGCCUCCUGAAUUCAUGACCACCAAGGAUACCUGAAUCUCUUUGUAACAUACUAGUAUCAUUCUGAUAUCCGGAGUGAAAACACUGAAGGGCGAGGAUUGCUCUUUCUUUCACCUCAUGCAAGGGACAUGUCUUGAUGCAAAAUACAUUUUAACCCUCAAUUCUGGGUGUUCGCACUCGGGGGAUGGCGGGUGGAGACGGGGGAGGGGCGGGAGGGGGGUCGGUUGGGAUGUCCAAUGUGCAGACUCAAUACUAAUUCAGGAAAGAGGUACACGUACCUUUUCUAACAAUUGUGUCAGUGAUUCAAAUCAAGUGUCAUGCGUCAAAAGCUUUCACCUGGGCGGGUGGAUGAGCUUGCUAACGUAGUAUCUACAAUCCUAAUUGAUGUCGUCCGGAAAAAAAAAAAAAAACCAUAAUCCGUUUGUUAGUUCCUUGGAGGAAUCGAUCAAAUGGGUAUUCGCAGGUUAUUUGCUACAGUUGUAAAGGCAGCACUCAGCAAAGGUAUUUAGGGCCAUUUCUGCAUUAACUUUGAAGACUUGUUAGUCAGUUGCAAUUUUCGGUCGAUUACUGCAUCAUUACAAGUUGUGUAGCUAUUGUUUAGCAAAAGACAAUCCAAUCUAGGUUUAGCUGGCUCUCUUGGAACAAACCAUUAGACCUUCAUUUUUCAUUGUGAUCUUAUGGUCCUGUGUUUUCUAGUCCUUUUGAUUUGUUUCUCCCUUUGUUUUUCAUUCAUUUGUUUUGACGGGUGGGAGAAACUUUCAAAGAAGCUUAUAUGAAAACAAGACUAAUUAAUGUAUAUAAGGAAAACUUUAGACUGUGAAAUUUAUAAGGAACUAUAUGGCCGAAGUUCAACUAGUCCUUUACUGCUUUACAAAUGAAUGGAUGAAAUUCAAGGGUUAAGGGCUAGUGUGGACAAUUACGAUUUUUUCUUGCAUUCCUACACAUCAUUAUUCCUGCUAAAAAAUAUUCAAAUCUAUAGUUUAGUCUUAACAGUGACAAGUUUGCAUCAAAGACUGCAGUUAACACUUUAGUCUUAGUAGGUACUUCUUGACUGCAUCAUCUUACAACAAUGGUCCAGGUUUUCAGGGGUUCAUCUUACCACAAGUUUGCUUCAUGAAAUUUAAGUCAAGUAGGAAAAUAUUCUUUUUUUCCUUCUAAUAAUCAUAUAUAAAUUUAAAAUAACGUUGGUUUAAAUUUGCACUGUCUCUGUCCCAAAAAAUAAUUCACAUUAAGUUUUUUAAAUUUGUACUAUUUUUAAUACAAAAUUUAAAACUCAAUGUGGACUAUGAGACGGAGGUAGUAUUUUAUAAUUAGGAUCAUGGAGAG